CCCAUUGGCUCGCACAACGGUAUGCCACAACGUCAUCAGCAUCCUAUUUGUUAUACGGUGGUAGAAUUUUUAGCAGGCAGACAACGACUGUCCAAGUGUCAGAUCUUUGUCGUAACUUACAUUGCCAGACUUAAAAACACGUUGGUAUUACUUGUGGGUGUUGGUAAGUGUCAUGGACCACAUAAAAAAUGGAUGGUUUACGGAAUUAUGCACGUUAUGGCCGGGGCAAGCGAUGAGUCUCCAAGUAGAAGAGGUCCUAUACCACAAGAAAUCCAAAUUUCAGGAUGUUAUGGUUUUCAAGAGUAAAACCUAUGGGAAUGUCUUGGUGCUGGAUGGAGUCAUCCAGUGCACAGAGAGAGAUGAGUUUGCCUAUCAAGAGAUGAUUGCCAACCUUCCCUUGUGCAGCCACCCUUGCCCCGAGAAGGUGCUGAUUAUUGGCGGUGGAGAUGGUGGUGUGCUAAGAGAAGUUGUGAAGAAUCCACUGGUGGAAUCUGUGGUGCUGUGUGAGAUAGAUGAGGAUGUCAUUAAUGUAUCGAAGAAGUUCCUCCCAGGGAUGGCAAAAGGGUUUUUCAGUCCCAAGCUCACCCUCCAUAUUGGAGAUGGCUUUGAAUUUAUGAAGCAGAACCAGGAUGCCUUUGACGUUAUUAUAACCGAUUCCUCCGACCCUGUUGGACCUGCUGAGAGUUUGUUCAAGGAGUCUUACUAUCAGCUGAUGAAAGCAGCUUUGAGAAACGGUGGAAUUCUUUGCUCCCAGGGAGAGUGUCAGUGGCUUCAUUUGGAGCUGAUAAAGGAGAUGCGAACCUUCUGCAAGACCCUAUUCCCUGUGGUGGACUAUGCCUACGGCACCAUCCCAACUUAUCCCAGUGGCCAAAUUGGGUUCAUGCUCUGCAGUAAAAAUCCUGAGACAAAUUUCAAGGAACCGAUGAAAGCGUUGUCAAAAGAAGAAAUGGAAAAUAUGAACCUUAAAUAUUACAACCCUGAAAUUCACAAAGCAUCAUUUGUUCUCCCUGAGUUUGCAAGAAAGGUGCUCAGUGAAGCAUGACCGCUAUGUUCAUCCUCUACCUGGCCCUCAGACCACAGAUAAGCAACCUUGUUCUACAGCUUCUCCAUCUCCUCAACACUGUUCAGCACCACUGACUAGACUACCCUCGUAAAGAUCUUAUUGGCGGUGGCAGCUAAUAAUUCCAGGGAGGGAACCUGCUGAGUUACAUAGAGAAAGUGUUAGAUCAGUCCGAUGUUUCCUUCCUUCCAGUCUUAUGUGCUGCUGUUUAUUACAUUUUUUUGGUGUAUUUAGGUUUUAAUUUGUACUAUGUAUUUGUCUUAUCAGCAUUUUGUGAAGGGCAGUGUGAUGGACUGGGCUCAGUGGGAAGAAUAUCGUCAUCAAACCUUACCUCAAUCUGAAAUAUUGUGUUGUUUAUAGGAUUCAACACCUCUUCAUAUUGGGCAAUAUGUUACAUACCAUAUAGAGUAUGUAUGUGUAAUGUAUUGCUGCACUUUUAUUUGUAAUGUAUAAUGUCAGUUUGUGCUCAUAUGAAAAUACACAGUCUCCAUCUGUCAUUACUCUGUACUUAGAAUACUGAUGUCCUCUACACAUCAACCCUAUAGUGCCUGAAAAUGGUUGUUUAUUGUUAUUGUAAAAGAAAGUUCGUUCAGUAUCUGUCCUAAUGUACCAGGCAGAUAAUGUUUGAGACAGAAGUCCAGGAGUUUAGAUAACUGUCCCUUUAAAUACCGUAAGAUGAAAUAAAUUUAAUAUGGAAGGCUUUAAUGUUAAUGGUGUUAAAAUUACAAUUAAGUAAAACCAAGGUAUGGUAUUAGAACUCUGCAAAGCCAGAAAUGUCUCUUAAGAUGUAAAUUCAUUGUGUAGUUAUAACUUGCUGUAGUGGACUGAAGUAAACUUGUAUUUUAAGUCCUACUGCACAGUGCUGGUCAUUUUCUCUCAACGUUUGGUGAGAAACAUCUUAGGUUACUACCUAUUAGUUGUAAGUAAA